UUUCACUUUCCUCGUAUCGUUGGUCAGGGUUCUACUCUCAGUUAAUAACGGUUCUUUGGCGAGUUUGAAUGUCUCCUCUAUGGGAUGAUCUCAAAGUGUUGUAAAAGGAUUUCGUGAUAUAGUCGUUAGGAAGGAGCAUCAUUUAUAAAGAUUUGAAACAUAUGUUUUAAGGUUUUCGAUAUAGUUUUUUUAAAACUACCGGACUGAUUUUGAUGAAAUAAAAAUAUCGAACAUCGAAAAAACAACGGGAAAAAAGUGUUGAGCUUUGAAGAAAAAUAUUGUAUGGUUUUUUGAAAACGUCAUUACGUGUGUCCUUAUGGUGCUAUUAUGAAUGAAAUUCUGUGGCUUCUAGAGCAAUUUUUUACCCUUUCUCCAGUGUUUUUGUUGUGCAUUACAAAGUUACGUGCUAAUUAGUCUGUGGUGUACUCGUAACACCUGUUAAAAAGAGAGUUAUAAAAUUCCAAAUUCUGAGAAUCCUGUUUUCAUAACAAGGAUAAAGGAAAUAUCAUAUAAUUUUUAAGUAGCUGGAGUCUUUUACGGACGAAAGGACCAAUUAAACGAUACAAGCUGGAUCAUCAAUUACCCCAAGUGGAUUCAACACCAGGAGUUUCAGAAGAAUGGGGCUCUGGGUGGAAUGGACCAGACUUUAUUGUCGAAGUACAAGAAACCACUUUAAACAUCGACCUGCGCCAUGGGGACACAACAUUAAAUUCAACAAAUCAUACACAAGAAGCAGGCCCCAAACUCAUCAUUCGCACCGAAGAAGUUCUCAUUGUUGGCGUAGUCCUGAUGCUGUGGGUGGGUUCCAUUGUUUUGUUCUUUAAUCGUUGGGGAAAAAUUCGUAUGCUGGAGCCAUAUCAGCCGAAAUUCCAGCAACAGCAUAGGUCUUCCUGUCCGCUCGUCGAUUUGGAUUCACUACAUUCACAUCCGCGAGCAUCCGUGUCCAGAAUGUCAAUGGGAAUGAUGGGCAAUUUAAAUAUACCAGCAUGUAAAUUUGCAACGUAUAAUCCCACAAUCUACACAAAAGCAUAUACACCAUAUGUAAGACCUCGCCAAAAUUCCGUCUUUGUGGGACCACAGGUUGUCAUUCAAAAACCACCUCGAAAAACACGAUCAGCAAUGGAUAUACAUUCGAUGGUCUUAGAUGAAUCAGCGGAGCAUGUAUAAAACUAAAUUAAAUUAAAAAUCACAUAAAUAAUUAUAUUCAUAAAAAACAAAACUACACAAACUCUUAAAUCGAGGAGUAAAAAUUAAACAAAACUAACUAACAAAACAAGAAAAAUAUUAAAAGCUUUAAUACAAAACUGGACCUUCAAUUAAGUAACUUAAAAAAAAAAAAGAAAAAAGAUGAAACAAUUUUUUAUUAUCUCCCGCAUACCUUUUUACAAAAAUCUCCCUCUCAUACAUACAAAAUGUAUAUUUAAUAUUUUUAAGGCUAAAGGAUCAGGAUUCCGAGUGGUUACAAAGAAAAUAAAAUAAAAAUAUGGAAAGAGAGAAAGAGAAAAAAUAAUAUUAGAUUAUAGUUAAUAAAAACAAAAAAAAAAGAGUAUUGCAAGGAUUUCCUUUUUGAAAUCCUUUUUAUAUUGAAUAAACAAAUAUAAUAAUAAUAUGUAAACACACCUAGUGUUUCAAAAGGGAGCAUGGAAUUUUGUUAAUCUUAUAACUUACGAGUUCUUAUUGAAAAAAAAAAAAUAUCUCUCUGAGAUCAAAAAUAAAAAAAGUAAAAAAAGGGAAACAACACAAAUUGCUUUAAAAUUAAACCUCUCGAAAGGAAUUUUCUACAUUUUAUUUGGGCUUAUCCUUCCUUAUGUUGAAUUAGUCCUAAAGGGAUAUUUUUGGGUUUAUUUUUUUUUUUUAUUUUUUAUUUUCUUGUCAAUUACCUCACUGUUGCUUUGAACUUAAGGACAACGAUGUCGUUGGUUGGCCUUUUUUUCCGGAUGUCGAUAUCGAAGUUCAUGAAAUAUUUAAAAUGGCAAUCUUGUUAGUCGUUGAGAGUUAUUUGAAAAGGGUUUCAUGAAUUGGUUUAGAUUUAAAUGAAUUUCUUAUUUUUGUU